CUCGGACACUUUCACCCCCUCCAGUCCGGACACUUUCCCCCCUUUCCAGUCCGGACACUUUCCCCCCCUUCCUGUCCGGACACUUUCCCCCCCUUCCUGUCCGGACACUUUCACCCCCUUCCAGUCCAGACACUUUCACCCACUUCCAGUCCGGACACUUUCCCCCCCCCUUCCUGUCCGGACACUUUCCCCCCCUUCCUGUCCGGACACUUUCACCCCCUUCCAGUCCAGACACUUUCACCCACUUCCAGUCCGGACACUUCCCCCCCCCCCCCUCCAGUCCGGACACUUUCACCCACUUCCAGUCUGGACACUCCCCCCCCCCCCCCCCCUUCCAGUCUGGACACUCCCCCCCCCUUCCAGUCCAGGCCAAUUUUCAGCUUUCAGCGCUAUCACCUUAACCCCUCGCCUACCGAGCACUUCUACCCCCUUCCUGCCUCCCGGGCACUAAUACCCCCUUCCUGCCCACCGGGCACUUUUACCCCUUCCUGCCUCCCGGGCACUUAUACUCCCUUCCUUCCUCCUGGGCGCUUAUACCCCCUUCCUGCCCACCAGGCACUUAUAACCCCUUCCUGCGAGACCACU